AUGAAGUCUGGUUUACGUCCACCUUCUGUCAAAUCGACAUCAUACAUUGGUGGUAAUGCAUUAAACACUGUAGACAAUUCAAGUGUCAAUAAUAACAGUAAUAACAAUUUUGAUCCAAAAUAUAUUAGUGAACUCUUAAAAAAGGGUGCUGAAACUGUGGUCUCAGAUUUAAUGAAAUCCUCUGAAUCCAAUGAGAAAACUGAUCCCACAAAUCAAGAAUUAAAACUGAAUUCUCAGUCAGUCAGCAGCGCUGGUAUUAGCAGUAAUAGUAGCAAUAAUAGUAACACUUCAAGUUUAGAACUUUUACCUGAAUUCAUUGAAUUAGACCAAAUCGGAUCAAAUACCUCAUCACAAAAUAAUAUUAAUAAUAAUAAUGAAAAUGAAACUAAGAAGACAAAUGACAUUGCUGUGAACAAGUCGGUUGAAUCUGGUAUUGUCUUACCCACAUCCAUUGGAGUUAUUGGCAAACGAUCAUUCAUCACUCCGCCAAAUACGUCAUUAUCUAAUAAUAUUCGGCCGGUAAAUUAUACCAUCUCAUCAUCAUCAUCAUCAUUGAAUAAACCCGAUCAGUCAUUAAAAGUUAAUAAAAACGCAACUGCUGCUGCUACUACAACAAAUACUACUAAUAUCAAGAAUAGUAGUAGCCAGAAUAAUAUCAAUAAUAGUGGGAUUGUCAGGAAUAGUAUACCGACUUUAUCAAAUGCCUCGUCAACUAAAAGCAUCAACAGUACUCGAGGUGGUAGUGGUGGUUCCGGUAGUCAUGGUGAUAAAAGCAAAAAUCAUCAGCCAAUAACACCUGUGAGUAAUAUCAACACCACUAGCGGUACAAAUACAACGUAUAAGUAUAAGAAGAGUGUUAUCCAUCCUGUAACUUCAGUGGCCAGUACAUAUAAGACAAGUAGUCAAACGAAUAAUGCUACUACUACUAUUAAUAAUAAUAAUACUAGCAAUAAGACCUCCACUAGACGUGUAAAACAACAAAGUCAACAACAAUAUAACCAACCAAAACAAUAUCAACACCAACGUACAGCUAUGACAGAGCCGCCCUCAGUACAAAAUUGUUCAUUGGCUACAAGUCGGACAGUAUCUGCUGCUAGUUCAAUAUCAAAUUUAAAGUCUAUAAAUCAUCCUUCUAAUGAUAAUAAUAAUAAUAAUAGUAAUACUAAUAAAGUAAAAAGUCAAAAACAAGUGUCUGUUGAAUCCGUCUACGCUGCACUUGUUAAACAAGAUAAAUUAUUAACAAAUCAUCGUUAUCAUUCUAAAAGUACAACGAUAACACCAUCGCUGACAACGACAACUACCUCUUCUACAAAUACACAUGCUAAUGUCAAUAGUAAAUUAAUUUUGAAGAAUACAUCGAAUGGCAUCUACGCCAAAAGCACAGCAACAACAACUGCUACUACUAGUAAUCGUUCAUUAAGUGGAACAUCCCGUUCAAAUCCUUCCACUGGACGUAUUACUUCAGCAGUGACUUCAGCUAGUGGUAAACGCACACCUUCCUUGCGUGGAUCGAAUGACUCUAUACCAACUGUUGUUGGAGUAGCAGGAGGAGGAGGAGGUGGAGACACAAAGUUGUCGGUUAGUCGGAUACCAUCGGUAACAGAAUUACCUGGACCAUCCAUUGCCGCAACUAUGACAACAGCAACAACAACCACUACGUCAGAUAUUCCAAAGCCUAUUCGUGGUGGACGAAAAUCACUCACAGGUCGAAAAAUCAAUCCAGCAAAUACAACAACUAGUGCAAUGCCUGUUCCUGUGAAACCAAUAUCAGCUGUUCGACCAACUCCACAUUCCUUAUCUAAUCUUCCCAAUAACAAUAAUGAUUCAAAUGUUGCACCUGUGAAAGACGACGUUGAUAAACAAAAAUCAACUGAUAAACCUAUUCAACCUAUUAACGAGAAAAAUGAAUCCAACAAGAAUAGCACUAUUGAAUCAGAUACAUUAAAUAAUCGAAAAUGUCUCAAUGAGGAUAAUAAUUUAUCUUCUGAGAAAACUCCUGCCUCUGCUGGUGUACAAAUUGGUUCUGCAUUAUGGGAAUUAUUUUGUCAUGAGCAUAAUUUAACAGCUAGUGGUAAACUUGUCAGUGAUGAAUUGAAAAAUGAAUUCAAUCAACUGGAUAAUAUUGAAUGUUUAUUCUAUGAAGGAAAGUAUUCCUACACACCAAGAGCUUUAAUGAUCGACUUGGAACCAAGUGUCAUUGAUGAAAUACGCUGUGGAGUUUAUCGACAACUUUGGAGAUCCGAUUGUCUAAUCAGUGGUAAAGAAGAUGCGGCGAAUAAUUACGGUCGUGGGAAUCGUACAGUCGGACUGCAUAAACUGAAUGAUACCAGUGAAGCGAUUAGAAAGUUACUUGAACAGACAGAUAGCCUACUAGCUUUCGGUAUGAUCAAUUCACAUUCCGGUGGUACAGGAUCUGGGAUGACCAGUCUCAUUCUAGAUCAUAUCCAGGAUGAAUAUUCUAAAAUAUUCAAAUUCAAUACAGCAAUAUUUCCGUCUUCACUAUAUUCACAGUCCACUGUGGAUCCGUACAAUUCCCUGCUGUAUACACAUUCCACGACGGACACGUUGGAUUGUAGUGUUUUAUUAGAUAAUUAUACCUUAUAUGAAAGAUGUACAGAAAAUUUAAAUAAAAUAAUAAAACCGCGCUUUACAGAAAUUAAUCAAUUAUUAGCUCAAAUGAUUAGUUCAGUAUUUCUGUCGCAUAGAUUCAUUUAUUAUGGUGUACUACGCACAGAUGUUACUGAAUUACUGACAAAUUUAAUACCUUAUCCAAGAAUACACUAUCCAUCACUCUUUUAUACAUCACAAUCAACUUGCUAUUAUUAUCAAAAAGACUUUGAUAUAUACGAAUUAACUAAAUCACUGUUUCAAUCAAACUCUAAGACUAUUGACUAUUCUUGUUUUAAUUAUCCAUUUAUAUCAUGUGCCAUGUUGUAUCGCGGGAUAAGCAAUUCAAAACCAAUUUAUGAUACAAUUAAAUUAAUUCGAACAAAAAACCAACAUGAUAAAAAUAUCCAAUUUGUUGACUGGUGCCCAAAAAACUUUAAAAUUGGUAUUAAUAAUUAUCUACCGAUAAAGGCAGCGACAACAGUAAGCUGUGAUUCAUUAUCCACAUCAUCCCACUCCAAAUCCGUGUGUAUGUUAGCUAGUAAUCUUGGUAUAUAUGAAAUAUUUCAAAGAAAUCAAGCAAAUUUUAAUAAAUUAUAUCAACGUAAAUGUUUUCUGCAUUGGUUUAUUAGUGAAGGUAUUGAAGAGAAUGAAUUCAUUGAAGCACGUGAUAGCAUUGAUAAUUUACAACAAGAUUAUAUUGAUUUGUUAUCAAACAAUUGGAAUAUUGAACAGUUGUUUAAAACAGACAGUAUUGGCGGUAGUGUUGAAGUGAAAAAUACUGCCGAUGUAGACAAGUCUAAUGAGAAAAAAGCUAAAAUAACAAUUAUUGAUGGACAAAAACAAAAUAUUAUCAAACCAGUCGUUGAUUAUGUCAAAGAACAGUCGAAAAUCAUGCAUGAUCAGACAGAAAAUAUGUUCAGUCGGGAUCAUCAUCGAACAACAGUUUGGAAUAGUGGUGAUACAUUAAUGCAGCAUUAUAAUGAUGAAAGAGUUUUACAGCCAAAGAAUUAUUGUUCAGGUGAUAUGGAACCAGCAGAGUUGACUAAUCGGAUACAUUUUGAUAAACAUGCCUCGAAUGAAGAUACUGAUUACCAUUCAUGUAAAGACAUGAAACCAUAUUCUGUAUCGGGUAUGGGUGAUGAAUGUAAAAAGAUAGUACCAACUGAUAAGUAUACAGUCAACUUAUUGAUUAAUAAUAUUGAUUCAAACUUGAAUAAAAGUAACGAAUCAAUAGUAUGUUUAGGAGGUAGAAGUAGUAGCGGAAGUACUAGUAGUAGUAGUUCUCCAUUGAUGAAAAGUCAAAAUGAAGAAUUGGCUUGUUUAAGUGAGAAUUUUGUGCAAACUUUCCAUCCUUAUCAACAAAAUGAUAAUGAUGAGGGCGGCAGUGUUCAAAUUUCCGGUAAACAACAGUAUCAUGAAUUAGGUCAGCGAUCAGAGCAGAAAUAUUACUGUGACUUCAGUGGCGAUCAUGCCCAAAAUCCCCAUCAUCGCCAUCAUCACCACCAUGAACGUAGGAAACACCGCCAAUGUGGUCAUCUUUAUCGUUGUGAACACUCCUGUCAUCUGAAUUUCUCACAUUCCCAUGGUAACAAUCAUAAGCACCGUCAACACAAGCAUCAUCACAACUGCCGACAGCAUCACAUUCCACGAGACAAGCAUAUUAGUAGUAACCCUGAAAACCAAAUAUACUCAGAUCUGUCACAGAAUUCAUCAACUAACUCACAAAAGACAGUCUCAUCGUCUAUUACAUCUUCCUGCAAGUGUAAACAUAAGCGAAACGCUCAUAAAUGUAGUAGUAAUAAUAGUAAAGACAGAGCAAAUAAUCCUCAAGCUACAUCUGUCGCAGAUGUUGUCGAAAAUACUAAAUAUACACCACUUGAAGUAAGGCAUAUCAAGAGUAGUCGUAAAGCAGUCAGUGAAACAAUCUGUUCAACUUUAUUAUUAACACAAUCAUCAACAAAUAUAGCGUCAAAACAAGUGGAUAAAUCAUUGAACACCUUGAAAGAUGUUGAAUCAAGACUAGAUUUACUGAAAACGAACAAUAUUAUUAUUGAUUAUAAUAAUGGAAGUACUUUCAGUGGUAGUCAUAACAACCAGGUGUUUUUUACUUCAGGAAGUACAAGUCAUACAACUGCAGAAGCUGCGACAAUGACAGUGACAGGUGUGACAACAGUAACUAGUAGUAACCAGAAUAUAUGUGAUAGUCAGGGGAAUUCUACACAGUCAUACUGUCGCCGACAUCGUCAAAACUGUCAUGGUAACCAUCAUCGUCGAUGUAAGCAUCAAUGUAAUCCUUGUAAAUAUUGCAGUGGUAGUAUUAGUCGACAGGUUACCACUAAUAGUGAAGCAGACAAUCAGAAGUGUCUGACACCGCAUGAAGAAUCCAAAGCAAACGGUCAAGAAUGCUACUCACAGUUAUACCGUCCUCCAUACAGUCAGUAUAAACAAGAAGAACAUAGAUUAGAAUUCCACAAUGACAAUUAUUUCUCUCGGAGUUAUCCAAGAAGUGAUUUGUCCAUGUCACCGAUGAAUAAUUUCUCAAUUUAUGAGGUGACCAUAUCCAGUUCAUCACAAGAAGAUGACGAUGAUGAUGAUAAUGAUAACUGUGAACGUGACUUCAAUAAUCAGACACCAAUACUGUCAUCAUACUGA